ACGGGAUGGAUUUUGAUUUAGGAAUGGUACCUAUGUACUCUUAUAAUCCAAAUAUAAUUUUGGAUAUUGCGUCCAACGAAACUGGACAGGCAAAGUUGUUCAUACCAUUUCUCAACAUAAAUAAAACCUAUUCUCUCAAUAAUGGACAAACCACAAUUUCUAUUAACAAUAGCCUAAUAAAAAGAGGAAAUUUUACAGAAAACAGAGGUAUUAAUUUGCAGACGGAUGUUCUUGUUGCAAUUUAUGUAACGUUAUACCUAAGUAGUAUAACUGAAUCAUACUUAGCUCUACCAAGAAUAUUUACUGGUAAAAAGUAUGUUAUAUCUGCCUUUAAACCAUUACCAGGCGAAUAUUCGGAAGUUCUUAUUGUAAGUAAUGCGAAAGAAUCAUCUGCAAAUGUAAACAUGAGUGUGAAUGGGGAGACAAAAGCUCAGUCGUUGAAUUGGCUUAACUCCGAACAACUUGUAUCUUUAUCUGAUAUAUCAGGUGGCAUGGUUAUAUCUAAUUCAUCUCUAUCAGUAAUUGCUGGCACAUCAUGCGCGCGUGUACCAACUAACUUUACUAUGGAUUGCGGAUUUUUAGUUGAACAAAUGUUUCCUACGAAUGCAUGGGAAAAAGAAUACAUCGUUCCAAAUAUGCCACCGAGAAAUGGAAAUUUGAUUCGUGUUGUGUCAGAGAAUAUUGGAGAUGUUUGUUUUCACAUAAGAAACGGCUCUUCAUGUAAACAGAUACCUUAUCCGGACCCUUUAGAGAUAAUGACAGGAUCAGAACCCGUAGUUGUCACAUCGAACAGUUUCAUUGGCGUUACUGCGUACGGAGUUGGAGGAGGUCCAUUCAUGACGAAUGUGCCCGGCAUUGGAAACUUUAUGAACACUUAUUAUUUUGUCGUCCCGUCAACAUAUGCAUCGUAUAACAAUUACAUAGCGGUAGUAGCUCCCUCGGCCGACAUACACGGACUACGUCUUGAUGGUCUUUCAUUAACCACUAGCCAAGUUAUUAAAGUGCCAUCUCCGUACAAUAAUUACAGCGUCAUUAUUUCAAAAGUUCAAGCUGGAUAUCAUAUAUUAAUUCACAGAAAUGAAACUGUAAAGUUCGGAGCUAUUCUGUACGGAAGUGCUUAUAACGAAGGGUAUGGGUACCCGUUGGGAAUUCAAAAACAUAUAGAAAAUGAACCUGAUGCUAGGAAUGUGAAUGUAUGUUUCAAUUGUGAAGACAUGCACCAUAUAGAAUUGUGCAAUGUUGUUCAACGAUGCCAGGGACAUGAGAUUUGCUUUCUUGAACGUUUCAUGAUGCAUGGAAAACAGCUAUUUCGAUCCGGUUGUAUGGAUGAACAGAUAUGUUUCAAAGAGGCUAAUGGAAGUGACCAUGAUAGAUGUACAGAAUGCUGUGUCGGCAGCUAUUGUAAUCAUCAAGGUUGUGGAGAGACAGGCUUACCAGGAAGAAGUUUUCGUGGACCGUUAUGUUUUGAUUGUGAAUAUGCGUUUACCCCGGAGGAAUGUGACACACUGAAACUUUGUGACGAUGGACAACUUUGCAGAAUUGAAGAAACUAAAUGGGGGACCAGUAGUAAUUUCAAAAUGGGUUGUGCCCACGCUUCGUGUCACGCUGUCACACGUUCUAUUUUGCCAAGAAGUUUGUCACCUAUAUGUCAGACUUGUUGUUCUGAGGAUUUCUGCAAUGUUAAUUGCACUUUGGGAUCAGAGCAUGGUCAUCCAGUUAUAAUCGGUUGAACCAAAGAAAACCACAUAACAGCCAUAAUUUAUUUUAUAUAAAAACAAUUAUAACCAGAAUGCUAUAUCAAUUCCAUCGAUUUCAAAUGACGUUUCCAGUAAGAUAUGUGCCCGUAUACGUUCAUAAAAUUUUAUCAUCAAAAGAGGACAUCUAUCAUAUUUGUUUCAAAUUUAUAGAAGAUUCUAGCCAUAUAUGUACUUAAUCACAACACAAACUUGUUUCUUUCUUGAUUUGCUGUUUUAUGAUUGGAAAUUGAAAUAUUUGCAAUGUAAAAGAAUUUAUUGUAUUUAGAUCGUCAUCUUUUUGAUUCACAUGUAUUUGAAAUAUUGUAUAUAUAGACGGGUGUGCUGAUAUUUCAGCAUUUCAUGUUAUUUGUGCUAUAAAAAUGAUCAAGUUAUAAGAACCAUUCUGUUUAUGUAUGGACUAGGUUGUUUGCUUAAUGCAAGCCUUUUGUAUACAUACUCUGAAUUUAUAUUGUUAAAGAAGUAAUCACCUAACCAGAAAAUAAAUACAACUGAA